CAAGUCCUAACUAAUUACUCGUACGAGCGUUUCAUUAGCAGACUCCAUCACAUUAAUUCACCAGCCAAACUAGAUAAUUAUAUUCUUCCAUUUCUGAAAUGUUAAUGACGUUUUUGUCGCCACAUAACGACAAUAUUACCCCCCCUAAUCUCUCCUCUCAUUUAAUCAUAUCUUAAUUGUUUUUCAUUCUUCAGUGGGGGAUUAUUGGGAAGCUCAUCAGACAUCCAUGUCUGAUUUACCCAGCUAAGUUCCUUUUUUUUUCUGGCUACUCAAAAUUUCCCUUCCCCGUCGUCUAAAUCUCUUUGUUUGCUCCGCCGUCGGCUACAAAUCGUUUAAGAAACAUGCCUCCGCCUACCGCCAAGCCCCACGGCUCCACCACCGCCGCCACUUCAUUCUUCUCCGCCAUCAAGCCGCCGCCGUCCACUCCGCCGCCGCCUCUCUACACUAUCCUCUUCCUCCUCCUCCUAGUCACCCUCGGCUUCUACUUCCUCCACCACCACAGCCCAACAACAACCGCCGCCGCCGACUUCCUCACACCGCCCCAACAAACACCCCUCCGCUUCCGCGAACAAUUCCUCUCCCUCUCCACCAACGCCACCGUCUCCGCCUACCUCCACCACCUCACCCUCCGCCCCCACCUCGCCGGAACCCCCGCCUCCGCCGACACGGCGGAAUUCGUCCACUCCCACUUCCGCCGCCUCAAUUUGGACCCGCGCCGAGCCGCGUACAGAGUCCUCCUCUCUUACCCAAUCCGCUCCUCCCUCACCGCCCGAUUCCCCAACGGCACCGCCGUCGCCCUCUCCCUCGCGGAGGAAGGAGCGAAAAAAACAGGGGAAACAGAGGAGGGGCGAAACGGCGCCGUCGUGAGGCCGUACCACGCGUACUCACCGUCGGGCGCGGCGCACGCGGAGGUGGUGUACGUCAACACCGGAAGCGAGGAGGAUUACCGCCAGCUGGCGGCGCUCGGGGUGCGCGUGAAGGGGCGCGUGGUGCUGGCGAGGAAGGGCGGCGAGCUGAGCAGAGGCGGCGUGGUUCGGGUUGCCGAGAGGGAAGGCGCGGCGGCGGUGCUUUUAUUCGUCGGCGGCGGCGGAGGGGUGGAGAGAGGAACGGUGAUGAACGGAAUGGGGGACCCGCUCAGCCCCGGGUGGGCAGCGGCGGCGGAGGAAGGCGGCGGAGGCGGAGAGAGGUUGGGUUUGGAGGAAGCGGAAGCGUCCGGGAGGUUUCCGAGGAUCCCAUCGCUGCCGCUGUCGUUUGAGGACGCUGACGUCAUAUUGCGGUCGCUGGGCGGGCAAACGGCGCCGCCCGGGUGGGUCGGACCCGGGAUUGUCGCUCAGCGGGUCGGUCCUGGUCCAACUGUGGUCAACUUGACGUAUCAGGGAGAGAAGAAGGAGGUGACGAUUCAGAAUGUCUUUGCCGUGAUAAAAGGCUUGGAAGAGCCCGAUCGUUACGUGGUAAUGGGGAACCACAGGGACGCGUGGACAUACGGAGCUGUGGAUCCGAACAGUGGCACUGCGGCGUUGCUCGACAUUGCUCGUAGGUUCGCUCUUCUGCAGCGAAAUGGAUGGAGGCCUCGACGGACCAUUGUCCUGUCCAGCUGGGACGGGGAAGAGUUCGGUAUGGUAGGAUCUACGGAGUGGGUCGAACAAAAUCUUGUUAACUUGGGUGCCAAGGCAGUGGCCUAUCUUAAUGUGGAUUGUGCUGUUCAAGGUCCCGGGUUCAAUGCUGCUGCCACUCCUCAGCUCGACGAACUUCUUUUCGAGGUUACAAAGAAGGUUAAGGAUCCGGAUUUCGUUGGGGCUACGAUAUAUGACAAAUGGGCAGCCAUGAACCAAGCUACCAGUAUUGAGAGACUCAGUGGGGCGUUCUCCGAUUUUGCUCCGUUUCUGCAACAUGGAGGGAUUCCUUCCGUCGAUUUGUUCUACGGAAGAGAAUAUCCAGUCUAUCACACUGCAUUUGACUCGUACGAGUGGAUGGUGAAGCAUGCCGACCCACUGUUCCAUCGUCAUGUUACCAGUAAGUAGUCUCCUGAGAACAUUUAGCGGUAAUUCAAUCACGGUGAGUAUAUUAUACAAUUCAGCUUGACGAUGUGCAAAUGUGGUUUGUUUGUUGUUCUAAGUCGCUGAAAUCUGGGGACUUAUUGCACUCCAUUUGGCCGAUGACUCCAUCAUUCCAUUCAACUAUGUCUCCUAUGCACAACAGUUAUCUAAGUACACAGACGAGUUGAGCAACUUACUGGACGGUAGUACCAUUUCUCUUCACCCUCUAGUUUCGGCCAUCGAACAAUUUGCGUCUGCUGCUAAAGAAGCGGAAAAUGAGGUCAAGCAACUUCGAGAAGGAGACGGCAGAGAUGGGUUGACAGCAUUGAAGCAAAGGGCCCUGAACGAUCGGUUGAUGCUCACGGAACGAGGCUUCCUCGAUGCAGAUGGGAUUCAAAGCAGGCAUUGGUUCAAACAUCUUAUUUACGGGCCUCAUGGAGACUACAAGAGCAAACUGGAUUUCUUCCCGGGAAUAGCUGACGCCAUCCAUGAACUCUCGGUAAGCACGACAAUGGGCCGGUCAGGGCAGGAAGCUGCUAUCCAGCACGAGGUGUGGCGGGCUGCUAGAGCGAUUCAAAGGGCUGCUUAUGCUCUCAGAGGCCACAUCUUCGUCCCGUGAACAAAACAGGAAUAGACUUCACUUCACUCAUCGGUGAAAACUGAAAAGGAACUGUUUCUCCUAACCUUGCAGAUUUUGGGCCAUUUAGAGAUUGUGUAUAAACCCUCAGAUUUUUAGCUGUUUGUAAAUGAAACAGAAGAGAUGUACAUUUUCAGAGUUCUGUGACUGAGAAUGCAAAUGCAAUGUUUUCUUUUUUAUGAUACCUUUGCAAAAAAAAUCAAAAGAAACAGCGCGCCAGGAAGGGGUCGAACCUUCGACUUUCUGCUUAGGAAACAGACGCUCUAUCCACUGAGCUACAGGCGCU